AUGGCUAGAGAUGAUGGAGAUGAUGAAACCCCUUACUCAAACCUAGAAGAUCCUGAAAAAAUGAAUAGAGACCUUCAGUGCUUGUGUGUGGAGAAUGCUUCCCAAUUUCACUUCAAACACAUCUCCAGCCUGGAGUUGAUCAGGGCCAGUGUCUACUGUCCUAACAUCCAACUGAUAGCCACAUUAAAGAAUGGGAGGAAGAUUUGUUUGGAUCCUCAAACCACUCAGAAUAAGAAAAUAAUCAGGAAACUUUUGAAGAGUCAGCUACUAUCUGCAUAA